AUGGGUAAUGCUGACACGAAACUCAAUUUCCGAAAAGCAGUAGUGCAACUAACAUCAAAAAACCAACCAAUUGACGCAGCAGAUGAUAACUUCUGGGAUCAAUUUUGGUCGGAAACUGUAACCAAUGUGCAAGAUGUUUUUGCUUUGGUACCGGGAGCAGAGAUCCGAGCCCUCCGCGAAGAAUCACCUAAUAAUCUUGCAACCCUUGUAUACAAAGCCGUGGAAAAAAUGGUUAAGAUUGUGGAUAGCAGUUGUCGAACACAACGAGAACAACAGACUGCUCUGAACUGUGCUAGACUGCUUACUCGGGUACUGCCAUAUAUGCUAGAAGAACCUGAAUGGCAUAGCUUCUUUUGGUCUUCACUCCCAGCUGCUACUGAAAAUGAGUCUGUGCCUCUUGCACAGUCCCUUCUCAAUGCUAUGUGUGAUCUUCUCUUUUGCCCUGACUUCACUGUGACUAGUUCGAAGAGAUCUGGCCCAGAGCGGGCUGAAGAAUUAUCAUCUCUAGACAGCUGUGAGUAUAUUUGGGCUGGCGGAGUGGGAUUUGCCCGGAGUCCAGCUCGUUGCGCUCAACACGAGGCAAAUAGGACAGAACUAUUGCGGUUAUUACUGACUUGCUUCAGCGAGACUAUAUAUAGGCCCCCGCAACAAGCUGCUACUCAUCAUAAUAAGUGGAUCGCCUACCUAACAAGUCCAGACAACCGCCAUGCCUUGCCUCUAUUCACAUCGUUAUUGAACACAGUCUGCUCAUACGACCCUGUCGGUUUGGGUGUGCCAUACAACCAUUUGUUGUUCGCUGACACCCUCGAGCCACUUGUUGAGGUCGCUUUGCAAGUUUUAAUCGUAACAUUAGACCAUGAUACAAGCAAUGUCGUCAGCGAGGAUUCGGAUGAGAGUCUACCAGACAACCUCUUCAUCAACUAUCUAUCCCGGAUCCAUCGCGACGAAGACUUCUCUCUGGUACUCCGUGGUGUGACCCGGCUCCUCAAUAACCCUCUGCAACAGACCUAUCUCCCGAACUCGAGUAAAAAGGUAGCACUGCAUCAGGAAUUGUUGGUGCUGUUCUGGAAGAUGUGUGAUUAUAAUAAGAAAUUCAUGUACUACGUGUUGAAGAGUAGUGACGUCUUGGAAGUGUUGGUCCCGAUACUGUACCAUCUGAAUGACUCACGCGCUGAUCAAUCUCGCGUAGGACUUAUGCACAUUGGAGUAUUCAUACUUCUCCUUUUAUCCGGGGAACGGAAUUUCGGGGUCCGUUUGAACAAGCCCUACUCGGCUACUGUGCCCAUGGACAUUCCGGUGUUCACGGGCACUCACGCUGAUCUCCUAGUCGUGGUGUUCCAUAAGGUGGUGACCACGGGGCACCAGAGGCUGCAGCCGUUGUUCGACUGUCUUUUGACUAUACUUGUUAAUGUGUCGCCAUACCUCAAAACCUUGUCGAUGGUGGCAUCGACGAAGCUCCUUCAUCUUCUAGAAGCGUUCAGCACGCCAUGGUUUCUCUUCUCCCAACCCCAGAACCACCACCUUGUAUUCUUUCUACUCGAAAUGUUUAAUAACAUGAUACAGUAUCAGUUUGAUGGAAAUUCAAAUCUAGUGUACACGAUAAUCCGCAAGAGGGCGGUAUUUCACAAUUUGGCAAAUUUGCCUCACGAACACGCUUCCAUCGCGAGAUCGUUGGCCGCCGCCAACGCUAGAGAUACUGACAAAGCCUUACCCAGAUCCCGUAGUGCGGAGUCAGUUGUGGAGGCUGCGAUGGAAGGUUCUCGACCGGCGCAGCCUGCUGAACCUGGGACCCUCAAUCCCACCUUACCCGAUACACCAGCGAUAGCAACAAUGACAGAGCGUGAAUCUGCGCAUCCACCUGCGCGUGAGCAGUUAUUGCCUCGAAGGUCUGGAGACGGAGAGGAUCGGACCGACACCGAGUCUGACAGGGAGGAUGUCACACGGACUGUUACCCACCGGGAUAGUCUCCGCGUGAACGAUAAGCCAGAGGGCUGGAAGGCCAGCAGCGAGUGGGUAUCGAGCUGGCGAGGAAGGCUGCCCUUGCAGACCAUCAUGAGACUUCUGCAAGUUCUGGUCCCACAGGUGGAAAAGAUCUGCAUUGACAAGGGUCUCACUGAUGAGUCGGAAAUCCUCCGUUUCCUCCAGCAUGGGACGUUGGUGGGUCUCCUACCGGUACCGCACCCGAUUCUGAUUCGGAAGUACCAGCCUAAUGCUGGAACAGCUGCAUGGUUCCGCACUUAUAUGUGGGGGGUUAUAUAUAUCAGAAACGUUGACCCACCAAUCUGGUACGACACGGACGUCAAGCUUUUCGAAAUUCAGCGAGUCUAA